GCUACCUAUUUACAAGCGGUGUUUAGCUUAAAGGGAUACUUAUUCAUACCUUUGCUAAGUACAGAGUUAAAUAUUCGGAUUAUCAUGGCAGGGAAAUGUACAAGAUCUUGGAGAGCAAUUUUUCUGUUCGUUGUAAUUAUCUCUUGCACCUUGGUAUUUUAUUUCAACCCGACCAAGUAUAUUCAGCUUAUACAUUACGACUCAUUAUUUAGAAUAACUUUGAAUAAAUUCCCUGGGAUAAGUUUUGAAAUGAAAAAUGAAUUGGCCACAAAAAAUUCAAAUCGGACAGCAGAGCUGAAAAUGAAAGUAGUGACCGCCCUUACGACAACCCGUCCCCCUGGACCAUUGAGGGAAGAGUCCUGUGACAUUGAAACAGCUUUGCUCUUUUUAAGAAUGAAUAAAAAUUCAUCAAUCGAUAAUUACACCGACCCGCUUGCUAAGUAUGGAGGCAUUUACGUGGACACUGAUGAGUAUUUCUUGAGACCAGGGGAUGAAUUGAGGAACUCGAAUUGCACAAUGGGUAAGGCACACGAUAGAUCCAUUGGAAGUGCGCUGAUAUAUGCAGAAAAGGGUGCGUUAUUCAUUGAUAAAUGGAUCGAUAGUUAUAAUAACUAUGAUCCGUCAAAAUGGGGAGACAACUCUGUACUUAUGGCCGAAAAACUAGCCCGGAAGUUUCCUGAUCUCAUUCAUGUGUUCGAACACCAUUGUGCAUUCUAUCCACAUGGAUUAGUUUUGUAUAACCAGAACUACAAAUGGUCGCAUAGCUAUGGGCUACAUAUCUAUAAAACAGGACACAUACCAGAGCUUCAAAAAAUAAACUUUGAAACUGUGCGGAAUAUUAAUAAUACUAUCGGAGCGGUCUUCCGAUACAUACUAUUUGGAAGUAAGGAGCUGUGUUCUAGUUAGUGUAAAAAAUACAUGUAUGUCUGGAUUUUUUCUGCGAGGUGCUAUAUCAGGAUUUUGUUAUCAUGGGUUUUAUUUUAUUUAGAUUGUUGCUGUAUUAAGUUUAUAUCAUGAGAAUGAUUCGUACUAGAUACAUGUAAACUUACAAAAAUGUAGUAUCUUUAAAAUGAAUGAAUAUUGACAUAACAUUAAAUAUCUUUGCCGUAUUAUGAAAUUAGUCUUAUAUCAAAAUUAGCCAUAUUUCGAAACAAAACGAAAUUCAGGCUAUUUCUGUCUGAUUCUGCUUUCCAUUGAAGAAAUCGGCAGGGCUAUAAUAACAAAUAUAAUUUUACUAGUUGCAAGGAAAUAUAGUUUUUCAUGUGUUUUUUAGAGAAAUCUUAUUCUUCGAAGAUUUACUUUAUUACAAUAUGAAGGAAAUUUCAAUUAUAGUUUUGAGGGACACUUUUUAAAUUUCAAAAGUAAUAGUAAAUGUCCAUGAAUACAAUAAUUAUAUCUUUUAUCUAGUUUUUUGAAAAUUUCAUGCAAAGUUCUAUAGAAUAUUAUAUAAGUGUGGUUUUUCAUUGUCAUCUAUGGAUUUUUCUUUUGCAUUCUGAUUAUACAUCGAGUCCUUAAAGGGGCAUAACCACAAUUUUGGUUAGAAUUAUUAUUUUCGUUUUUUAAUAAUCAAAAUGCUUCAGUAAAGCAUUUUUAAUAGGCAACUAAAAUUUGAGUGUCAUUCGUCAAGCUAUAAGCAAUAUACAGAGUUUAAUGUUCUUUGCAAUGUUAGCAAAUCUUUUGUUUACAUUUUGAAUGUAGAAGUAGAGGUUUCAGUUUUAUGCCUGAACUAAAUGUGUUAUAAGUUCACAACUGUUUAUUUAUGCUUAAAAUGAAUAAGAAGGUAGAAAAAUCAGCUUGAAAAAGUAAAUUGAAACGUAUAUAUAUAAACAAAAACAGGACAUGAGCCUUGUUUUCAUUACAAAGAACUGUGAGUCAUGUAUCUUGCUUAUAACUCUAUGACUGACUCUCAAAUUGAAAUGAAUGUCUAAAGCAUUGUAAAUAAUGAAAACAGAAAAAUACAAUUUGACCAAAAUCGUGACCAUGCCCCUUAAUUAAUGUUUACUAUCUCAAAACGACAAAAUUUCAUUAAAAUUAAUUUAUGUUCUUUCCUUUGUUAUUUGAUAAGAUAUCGAUAAAAAUUAACAAUCAAGUAUCAAACAUUAACCAUACUUAAAUUAAGAAUAAACACGCAACAAGUGUGCAAACAAGAAGAACAGUUAUACACAUGUAAUGGGAACUUGUGUCCGGACAAAGUUAAACAUUUUGCGCAAUUAUGGCUGAAUGUCACUUAAUGUUCUUUCGAUCGAAUGUAUGAACAUAUAAAACAAAGAGCAAUACCGCAGUUUUGAAGUACGGUUAUUAAUGUGAAGGUAAUGAUCAGUUGCGAAUAAUGACUCAUAAUUGCACAAUAUGUUUUGCUUUGUCCAGAAACGAUUCCCAUUGCAUGUGUGUAAUGACGUUUGUGGAUGUAAUGCAUUUUGUUGAUGUAUUAGGAAGAAUAAAAAAAUGAAAACGAAUUUCAAAUUGAUUCAUUUAUUCAAAAAAGGAUAAAUAAAAUGAAAUAUCAUAAGAAAAAUAAAAAAAUUACACUCACACAACACUUCUCAAAAUUAAAAUACUAGUAUGGAAUACAACUAAGUACAAAACUAAAACUAUUAACAAAAAGAAAUGCAUAACUAAAAAAAAAAGUAAAUUUAACUUCAUUACAGUGUAAUUAUUUUUAUCAUUUUGUAGGCUUCUGUAUAAUGUGGUUGAAAAACGGUGCACUAUGCUUUUAAUUAUUCAUUGUAUACUCAGCAUAAACAUAUAUGUACACACAGUCUUUAGGGCAUUGCAAAAAUAUAUAAUUGCAUUUUUUGUCGAAGAUAAACUACAUGUAUGUGUUCGAUUGGUCAUAUUUAUGCAUCAACUGUCAUCAUAAUAUCAUAUCUAGUCGUUAUUGUUCAUUAAUCUACAAGAUUUCACUUUCAUAAAUUAUUUACUAACUAUAUGUUGGAAAUUUCAAAGCUGUACCUUAUGUUGUUCCAGAUGUUGCCACACGAUCUUUCCUCAUUAUUAAUUUCUGACAAAUCAUUUAUAUGAAUUAAAAUAUCAUUUUAAAAUUAAAUUGACUUUCAGUGUCAGAAUUCUUUAUUACAAAACCACAGGUGAAAUACUGACGUUCUGUCAGGUAAAAGUUACAUAGCUCUGGCAUUCAAUCGCCUUUCCCAGUCAUGCAACUUACCGAAGGGCAUAGGUUCAUCAUAUGAACAAUAUCUAAUGUAAAGAAUAAACAUGGCUCCUAAUAAACUUUAUUAAAUGGUCCAUUUAUAUCUAAAGUUUUGUUGAAAUGAUUGCAUUUGAAACCUAUGUAGCAGUUUAAUUUUAAAUUUUACGAUAUGCAUUUCUUGAAAGCGAUAGCUGCGUGCCAUCUUGUGUGACGUCGUAGUUGUCAAACGCUCAAACGUUUAGCAUAAAA